GUGCGCUCAGACGACUCGCUUCAGCAGCAGUGAUACGGUAGCUGCAGCAGCGUCCCUGACGCGCUGCCCACCCUCCACUCUCAGCAGGGGAGAAUUACGAAAUUCUUGGUUUGAGACCCAACCGCCAGCCCACGGUCCUCGGAGAAAGCUACUUUUGUUUACCAUCCCAUGGCUUCAUCCGUGAGUGGAACGGAGGAGGUGCGCGUGUCGGCGUUGACACCGCUGAAGUUGGUGGGCUUGGUGUGCGUCUUCCUUGCGCUCUGCCUGGAUGUCGGGGCGGUGUUGAGCCCCGCGUGGGUAACGGCGUAUAACCAGUACUACCUGUCUCUGUGGGAGUCCUGCUGGAAGCCUGUCAACUCGGACACAUGGCAGUGCAACACAACGCUCGAGACUGACUGGCAGAUUGCCACGUUGGCCCUGUUGCUGGGUGGUGCUGCCCUCAUCCUGUUCUCCUUCCUGGUUGCCCUGGUGUCAGUGUGUGUCGGCUCCAGGAGCCGCUGCUACAGGCCUGUCGCUGUCUUGCUGUCCGCUGCAGUGGUGCUUCAGGUCUGCAGUCUGGUCCUCUACACAAUUAAGUUCAUUGAGACAGUCAGCUUGAGGAUAAACCACGAGUUUAACUGGGGCUAUGGCCUGGCCUGGGGGGCCACCAUCUUCUCCUUCGGAGGGGCCAUUCUCUAUUGUCUCAACCCCAAGAACUAUGAAGACUACUACUAAACCCUGCAAGAGGAGAAGAGAGCCCUCUACACAACUUCAUGCCCCCCCCCCCCCCGGGCUAUGCUCUGAACUUAGUCUGUUUUAUGUAACUGGUAGAGAAAAUAAAUAUUCACAGAAAAAAUGUUGGAGAAUUAACAACAGUAGUGUCUAUAGGCUCCAUUCAGACCAUUGUACUGUACCAGAUGGUUGGCUCACAGGCUUAAAGGGACACUCUUACUCACAUUAUGAUGUUGUGUUUUCUAAGGGAAUCUCUGCCUGUGUUGUGACUGAUAUCUGCUAUAGGCUAAGUGGUAAGGCUGAAGAGCCAAUCAGACGGUUCAAUGGAAUCCUAAUGUCCAAUCAGAUACAUCAGUGAAACCAUGUCAGGUCCCCUUUAUGAUAGGAACUUCAGCAGGAGUUGACAGGCACAAUGCUUUGUUAUUAAUGACCAAUCAAAGAAGGGACCGGUGAGAGUGAUGGACAUCGACCAAUCAGAGAGCCGAAGGAUAGUCCAGGUGGACAGAUUGAUCUUGAUGAGGAAAGAAGUAGAAUACGAGACUCACCUAAGGAAAGGAAUCAAGGAUGCAUACCUUUACUAACCCCCACUAACAAACUGAACAAAAAUACAAACGCAACAUGCAACAGUUUCAAGGAUUUAACUGAGUUACAGUUCAUAUAAGGAAAUACGUCAACUUUAAUUAAUUAGGCCCUAAUAUAUGGAUUUCAUAUGACGGCAGGGGAGCAGCCAUGCGUGGGCUGGGAGGGCAUAGGCCCACCCACUGUGGAGCCAGGCCCAGCCAAUCUUAAUGAGUUUUUCUCCACAAAAGGGCUUUAUUACAGAUGAAAAUACUCCUCAGUUUCAUCAGCUGGUCUCAGAUGAUCUUGCAGGUGAAGAAGCCGGAUGUGGAGGUCCUGGGCUGGCGUGGUUACACAUGGUCUGCGAUUUGGACGUACUGCCAAAUUCUCUAAAAUUAUGUUGUAGGUGGCUUAUGGUAGAGGAAUUAACAUUAAAUUAUCUGGCAACCGCUCUAGUAGAAAUUCCUGCAGUCCGCAAGCCAAUUACACGCUCCCUCAAAACUUGAGAGAUCUGUGUGUAUUGUGCGACAAAACUGCACAUUUUAGAGUGGCCUUUAAGUCCCCAGCACAAGGUGCACCUGUGUAAUGAUCAUGCCGUUUAAUCAGCUUCUUGUGUACACUUGUCAGGUGUAUCUUGGCAAAGGAGAAAUGCUCACUAACAGGGAUGUAAACACAUUUGUGCACAAAAUUGGAGCGAGAUAAGCUUUUUGUGUAUGAAAAAUUACUGCUGUCACGUUUAUAUUUUUGUUCAGUAUAUUUGUGAUUACCUUUGUCUUUAUUUCAUCUGUGGUAAUCUACAAGAGGACUGGAUGGGUUCAGGCAGGCAACAUAGGAGUUUAACUAGUGGUUUUCUUUCACAUGAAGGGGAGGUGACAAGGAGAGGAAGCCACUAUAGACUAUUGGUACAGGCCCCAAUGCCACAAACAAGAGUUGGUAUAAUUGGUUAGGCCAGAGGCCACAUUCCAGGCAAAGUAUUACUGGUUAAACAGCUCACCACCAUUAAGUAGCGGUAAGGCAUAAUCUAAGACUGUGCGGCCUAACCCCAGCUGUGCCGGGUUCAGAUAACAGCAGUUGAUAUGUAACUGUGUACAGUAGUUUGUUUUGUGUUAAAUGGUUUAAUAUAGUGUAGUAGAUAAGGUGUAUGAAGAAGGCAAUUGACCAGUGUUGUAGUGUGUGGGGCCUGAAGUGAUAUGAUCAAACAGCCAGGGGAGGAUGGCUCAUAAUGGCUGGAACGGCGCGAAUGGAAUGGCGUCAAACACAUGGUUUGACGUAUUUGAUACCACUCCGCUCCUGCCGUUACCCCGUCCUCCCCAAUUAAGGUUCCACCAACCACGUGUGCACUCACAUACUUCCCAUGUGAUGCCUCUUGGUCCACACUAGAUGUCUCCCAAAUGGCACCCUAUUCCCUAUAUAGUUCACUACUGACAAGGGGCCCUGGUCAAAAGUAGUGCACUAUGUGAGGAAUAGGGUGCCAUUUAGGACACAGUAGAGUUUACGUACAAAGUCCUCUUAAUCCUGCACUAUUAUAGAACAUUUUUUGAAUAUACUCUCAUCCAUAACUUUAAAUGAAAGUCUUUACAUUAAAAAUACAUGUCAAUGAAGAGAGUAGGAACGCUUGAGGUAGAAAUGUGGGAGUGUAAAGGAGUAACGAGGUGUGUGUGCUGAGUGACUACACCUGCAUUGUUUGCUGUUUGAGGCUGGGUUUCUGUACAGCACUUUGACAUCAGCUGAAGUAAGAAGGGCUUUAUAAAUCCAUUUGAUUGAUGUGUGUCUGAUGCCUACUGCUUUGUUUACUAAUACAAUAAAACUGGUCAUGAAAAAGACUUGUUUAAUUUGCAUUAGGGGACAACCCAGUCAAAGCAAGCAGUAGCGCAUUCAAGGCCCAGUGCAGUCUAAAUCUAGAUUUUGUGUUUUACAUACAUUUCCACACAAGGUUGGAAUAAUACUGUGAAAAUGAUAAUGCCCUCAAACCUUUCUGCCAAUUAAAAUGAGUUCAGCUUU